CGGGCUGGGCCUUGGAUCACCCCGCCACUAUAUAACGUGGGCGACCAUCUCUGUUCUUCACUUGACUUCAACCGUCGCAGCUUCACUAUGGCUCUCAAGGUUCUUGUAGUGUCUGCCCUUGUGGCGGCCACCCUCGCCCUACCUGAAAAUCGUCCUGUCAGGACCUACGGCGUUCCUCCUCCCCCCCCACCUCCUCCUCCACCUACCUACGGUGCUCCACCUCCUCCACCACCCCCUCCCCCACCUCCUCCACCCACCUACGGUGCCCCACCUCCUCCUCCACCCCCUCCCCCCACCUACGGUGCUCCAGCUCCUGCCCCAGCUUACGGCACCCCCGCACCAGUGUCUCCUCCUAAAUACGACUUCAGCUGGGAAGUGAAGGACCAUUAUGACACAGACUUCGGCCACCAGGAGACCCGUGACGGCUACGACACCCAAGGCUCCUACUACGUGCUGCUUCCCGACGGUCGUCUGCAGAAGGUGGACUACACUGUCAACGGAGACUCCGGCUUUGUGGCCGAAGUGACUUUCGAGGGUGACACUAAGUACCCAGCACCCCAGCCCUCCUACACCCCAGCUCCAGCUCCUACCUACGGCCCCCCUGCCCAAACCUACCAACCAGCCCCGACUUACGCUUAGACUCUCAAUAUAGAUGGUAGUAACUUGUAUUUAAGAACAGGGUAUUUUAUGUGAGCUUCUUUAAUGUAAUAAUAAUAUUAAAUAUGAAGUAAC